GUGGUCUGCAAUUUGUGAGGCCGAUUCCAAAUACCUGCAGCCACGAACCAUCCAUCACCUGCAGUCUUCACCUGCAGUCAUUCUACCCGACCAUAGUCUAUCCUUACUACUGCCCGUUAUGUCGUUGGAUCAAGUAUCCGCUAGUGGCACCUCUGGUGACUUUGAGCAUCCCAAUCAGAAUCUCCGCCGGUCGGUUAUCAUUGCACUGUAUUUCGCUUUCAUUUUGUCCACCGUUGCAGUAGCCCUGCGCCUUAUCGCCAGAAAGAUCACAGGUAGCAAAUUGUACCUGGAUGACUACCUCAUCAUAAUAGCUCUGCUUUUCAAAUAUGGCUGCUCGAUUGGUGUUACCAUUCUUCUAUUCAACGGCCUGGGAUCUCACAUCACCAUGAUACCGCAGAAGAACCUGACAGUUUACUUUAAGAUCGGAUGGUCCAACUCCUUCGUCUACACCUGCUGCGUCGCAUUCAUCAAAUUAUCCAUCCUGGCGGUCUACAAGCGGCUAUUCGCGGCGAAGAGCAUGACAAUUGCCGUGAACAUUGUAGGAUCAAUUGUCAUUCUCUGGGCCCUGAGUGUCAGCAUUGCUGGUGUUCUAAAUUGUGUCCCAGUCCACAAGUUCUGGGACCGUGCAGUUCCAGGACACUGCGUCGACACGGUCAGCUUCUACUACGGGCAGCAGAUUCCCAACAUCCUCACCGAUGUGGUUCUGCUCAUCAUGCCGCUGAAAAGCGUCUGGGCUUUGCCGAUCUCCAAAGCACAACGGCUCUUACUUUCGGGCGUUUUCCUCGUGGGAAUCCUUACCCUCUGCUUCGACAUCGUCCGUCUCGUCGCCAUGAUCCAGCUCACGCAAGCCGGCCCAGAUAUCACCUACAACCAAGUCCCCGUCGUGGUAUGGACCUGCAUGGAAGCAGCAGUCGGAAUCACAGCAGCCUGCCUAUCGCAUAUCCGACCACUUUUCAAUGUCAAACUCUGGACCCGACUCCGAUCCCCGUCGCAAGAACCCGAGAAGAGAGAACUCAACUAUGCAACCUCGGAGGCGUUCUCAACCGAUCGGACACUUUUUGAUCCUUGCGGUACUCAGACUACGAUUUAUAGUGGGCAUGAGGUGUGUGUUGAGGCUGGGAAGGCUUAG